UACGACGAGUCGGCCGACGAGGACUUCCACCCGGAACACGUCCCCGACGAUGCCGCAGACUCAUCCGCAGACGACGACGACGACACGGCACGCGCGCCCGGCGCGCGGAAACGCAAAGCGCCCGUCGACGACGCGCUGGACUCGGGCGAUGAAGCCACCAUCCACGCCGCGCGCAAGAAGAGCAGGCAGCGGGCGCUGUCCGACGCCGACGACGCCGACGCGGGCGGCCUGGUCAAGACGCGGGCGCGGCGCGCAGUCGAGACGACGGAGAAGAAGCAACUCGCCAGCACCGCGGGCGCGACCGUCGACGUCGACGCGCUGUGGGCGCACAUGACGCGCGCGCCGCUGCGUCCCGUCGAGCCCACACCCAGCCCGCGGCCGUCGGCGGCCUCGCGCGCGCCCGUCGCCCCGCAGUUGACAAGCGACGCGCCUGCGGACGAAGAGCGCGUCGCACUCACCAGGACGUUUGUCUUCGCCGGCCACACCACGACCGAGGAGAAGCAGGUCCCGCGCUCAGCCCUCGGGUCUUACACCGCAGCCGGCUGGACCACCACCACCACCACCACCACCACUACUACUACUACUACUGCUGCCGCCGCCGCCGCCCUACCCCCGGACGCUGCAGAGCCGACGCCCGCAAGCGGCGCAGACGGCAACGUCCGCCGCCCUCUCAGGCGACCGAGCCGCUUCGACCCGAACCCGACGGGCUACGUCCGCGCCCUGGCACCCGAGCACCAGCUCUCCUGGCCGCGCAAGAACGCCCCGGCUCUCGCGCCGCCCGCAGACACGCCCGGCUCCGGCGCGAAGCAGGCCAAGGCGACCAAGCUCAACGUCGUGGACAAGUCGCGCAUGGACUGGACGGGCUUCGUGGACCAGGCGGGCAUCGCGGGCGAGCUGCACGAGCACGGCAAGAGCAAGGACAACUACAUGGGCCGGCGCCAGUUUCUGGCCGGCGUGGAAGCGCGGCGCGACGAGGAGGGGCGGAAGGGUAGGGUUGCG